GCGCAUGCGUCCUGGCCUCCCGGACGGUGCGAUGACGGCUGAGGCGGCCACAGCAGAGACCUCCGAGGUCUUCCAGGAGUGUGGCUGCAAGGGUAUCCGGACCUGUCUGAUUUGCGAGAGGCAGCGGCAGGUUGACCCGCCCUGGCAGCUCUCCCCGCAGAAAACACACCGCUUCCUUUACUGUGUGGACACAGGCUGGGCCGUAGGGGCCGAGGGUUCCGACUUUGCAGGCUGGGCCUUCCCCUUUCCGGGGGUGACACUCAUAGCGGAUUUUGUGACCCGGGAGGAAGAGGCCGAGAUGGUGCGCUUGAUGGACCGUGACCCUUGGAAGCUGUCUCAGUCUGGCCGGAGGAAGCAGGACUACGGCCCCAGAGUCAACUUCCGGAAGCAGAAGCUGAAGGUGGCAGGCUUCCAGGGCCUGCCCAGCUUCAGCCGGGAGGUGGUGCGGAGGAUGGGCCUCUACCCCAGCCUGGAGGGCUUCCAGCCCGUGGAGCAGUGUAACCUGGACUACAGCCCCGAGCGCGGCUCUGCCAUCGACCCUCACCUGGAUGACGCCUGGCUGUGGGGCGAGCGGCUGGUGAGCCUCAACCUCCUGUCCCCCACCGUGAUGUCCAUGUCCCGGGAGGCACCCGGCUCCCUGCGACUCCGCUUGGCCCCUCCCACCGGCCCCAAGGACAGUGUGGACAGCGAGGUCACUCCCACCCGGUCCGUCUUGUGCCAGGAUGUGGAGGUGGCCAUCCCCGUUCCCCGCUGCUCCCUGCUGGUGCUGACCGGGGCGGCGCGGCACCAGUGGACACACGCCAUCCACCGCAGGCACAUCACAGCCCGGCGCGUCUGUGCCACCUUCCGGGAGCUGUCAGCCGAGUUCCAGCCUGGGGGGAGGCAACAGGACCUAGGACGUGAGCUCCUGCAGAUCUCAUGCUCUUUCCAAGGGAGACCCGUGUGAGCUACCUCCCUGGGGACAGGCCUGUGCCAGCCUGGCUAGAGGUGCCAGAGCCAGCUCUCUUCCUCUUGUUAGGUUUUGGUAGAAGCCAUCUGACCCUGAUGCCAUGGUAGCGUGAGCCAUGUCCAGAGCUGGUUUGGGCGGGACCCUGCACAGGAUCCCACCCCUCGGACCUGCACUGUGGCUACUGUUUGGGUUAAUCUGUCAGUUUAUUUUAUUUUAUUUUUUUUGUCUUUUUGAGGCAGGGUCUCGCUAUGCAGUUCAGGCUGGC